CCAUCACAUUUUCAAGUCUCUGGAUUUCAUUGCGUUCGUUUCUGUGUGCGGUUUGGCUCAUGUUUGUCAAACAUGGCAUGAAUUCUCAGUUCGCCUUUCUGGGUGUUGCGAAACACUGUAUGUUGGGUUCCUCGGCUGUUUUCAGAAGGCAACAAUUCUUGAUAAGGACUCUUGGGGGCUACACUGAUCAAACCCAUCAGAAAAUACUGCAACAAACUAAGGCAAUGAGUGGGAUUGCCUUGGAGGCCGAUGCUGAGCACAUUUUGCGAGCAAUUACUCCGACCCUUGAUCCCACUAAACAUAAAGGCCAAGCUGGAAAGAUAGCUGUUAUUGGUGGGUGUCGUGAAUACACCGGUGCUCCAUAUUUUGCGGCUAUUUCAGCUCUAAAAAUUGGUGCAGAUUUGUCUCAUGUUUUCUGUACAAAAGAUGCCGCUUCAGUCAUAAAAAGCUAUAGUCCUGAGUUAAUUGUACACCCUAUUUUAGAAGAAUCCUAUAAUGUUAGGGAUGAGGACAAACUAUCCACAUUGGGCAAGGUUCUGGCAGAGGUUGAUAAGUGGAUGGAAAGAUUUGACUGUCUCGUUGUUGGUCCGGGCCUUGGAAGGGACCCGUUUCUUCUGGACUGUGUUAGUGAAAUCAUGAAGCAUGCAAGACAGUCCAAUGUCCCGAUUGUCGUAGAUGGGGAUGCACUUUUUCUUGUUACAAACAGUCUCGAUCUUGUUAGUGGUUAUCCCUUAGCUGUCCUUACACCAAAUGUUAAUGAAUAUAAGCGCAUUGUUCAGAAAGUGCUGAAUUGUGAAGCUACUGAUCAAGAUGCUCAUGAGCAAUUGCUGUCUCUUGCCAAAGGGAUUGGUGGCGUAACCAUCCUACGGAAAGGAAAAUCUGACCUCAUUAGUGAUGGUGAGACAGUCAAAUCAGUGAGCAUCUAUGGUUCUCCUCGACGCUGUGGUGGACAGGGUGAUAUACUUUCUGGAAGUGUUGCAGUAUUUUUAUCAUGGGCUCGUCAACGUCUUUCAGCUGCAGAAGGAGAUUUGAGCAUCAGCAAAAUUAAUCCAACAAUGUUGGGUUGCAUUGCUGCGUCUGCUUUGAUGAGGAAAGCUGCAUCACUUGCUUUUCAGAAUAAGAAAAGGUCUACCCUCACUAGUGAUAUAAUCGAGUGCUUGGGGAGAAGUUUGGAGGAUAUCUGCCCUGCCAGUUGAUGCUGUUGUUUCACCGUGCAGACUUCACGGAAUAUGAUCAUCUCAAUAUCAAAUGAAAUAGAUAGUAUUUAUUUUAUGGUCAUGAUUUAAAGUUGGUGCAUCAAACGGUGUACAUGAUGUCAAUGUUGAUACGUCUUUUAAAAAGUUUAAAUAAUCUGUUAUGCAUAUCAUUAAAUGUACCAACUUUAAAUUCUGACAAUGAAAUGAAGAGUAUCCUUAGCCGGUGUUCACGGGGUUGGCCCCAAGAAAGACAUUGCUGGACUGAACCUAUAUCUCUUUUUUCUCCUAAUCAUGUAAACUUCUGUCUUGUACGUAUGACUUAAGCUUUAACUUUCUCUUUCCCCAUUUUGGUCCUUUUCUUUCGCUUGCAAUUUUGAUGUAUUAUCGUGCUGUGAAGAAGAUUGACAUAUUAAGAAGGGUUGCUUUUCUACAUUGGUCCGUUUACCACAAA